AUGGGACGCAAUAGGAAGGGACGCCAAUGUGGCGGUUAUGGCUCCAAGAAGGAGCGGUUUGUGCUGUUUAAACGAUGGCAGCUGGAAGUGACCAAAGUCUCGCACAAAAAUGCACAGACUCGGCAGGCACAAAAUAAGCUGAUUGACCGACGGAGACGCGCCGAGACGAACGAUACUAUGCGUCGUAGAGUGCGAGUUGACGUACUGACAUCCUGGACGAAUGCGCGCUUGAAGGACGACCAUAUUGAGAGAACUAAGCGCGAGGGAGCGCUGUCAAUCGCAUCGGAGCUCCAGAAAACGUCGACGGUGGACGAAUGCUUCUCGUCGAUGCAGGAGCGGUGUAUCUACGAGAUUGCGCGGACGUUUGACCUGUAUAGCUCUUCGUGCGAGUUCACACAAGCAUUUUUUGCAUCUUUUGAGCCUUGGAUGGUGUCUAGACUGGCAGAAUUAUCGACGGCGUUCAAGACCAUAAGUGAUGGCAAUGUACGACUGUUGCUACUGCAGCCAACAGAGCAUCUUACGGUUGGCUUUGUCCGGGACGAAAAGUCGUUGGCGCCAUUAUUUGAUAGGGUGAACGAGAGUCACCAUCACAUGAUGUGGCAGUUUGUAUCUGAUCAUCCGGUACAGUGCGAAGCAGAGUCAUGGGAAGAUUUGGAUGUAGAAGACGUGGACAUUGUCCAAACUCAAGAUGAAGUACGACUGCUCUCGUUGAAUCUCGUAUCGUGUCUUGGAUUAUCCAGUCGCUUCCUCACGCAAUUGACAACAGUUCAUCCCCACCUCGAACAUCUCAAGAUCGUAAACUGUUUCGAUGCUGCAGCAGGUGAACAAGGUGCUGCCCUAUUGCAGGAGCUCUCCAAGUCACGUGCUCUAAAGACAUUGCAUUUUUCCUGGUGUAGCUGGCUUACGACGGAGAUUCUCGUCACUUUUGCUUAUCAACUCGUUGAGCCUCCUCUUUCGUCACUUGAAGAGCUUUAUGUAUCGAAUUGUUUUGAUGUGCUGGGAGACUACGUUCAAUCUGUCUUCAAGGAGCUUUUACCUGGUGUAGAUGUAUCCAUGUGA